AUGGUUGAAGAAUUAGAAAAUAAGAAAAAACCUCAAGAGGUUCAAAAGGAUGAGACCGUUCCUGCAACGGAAAAGGUCCAAACUAAGAAUAAGAAGAAGGAUGAAGAAGAAGAACAAUUAUCUGAAGAAGAUGCUAAAUUGAAAGAAGACUUAGAACUUUUGGUUGAAAGAUUGAAGGAAAAUGAUGCUUCUUUAUAUGAACCUUCUUUACAAAAAUUGAAAGAAUUUAUUCAAAGUUCUACAAGUUCAAUGACAGCUGUCCCUAAACCACUGAAAUUUUUACGUCCAGCUUACCCAAGUCUAUGUAGUGUUCAUGACAAGUGGACAGACAAGAAAUCCAAGUCAAGUUUGGCCGGUAUCCUAUCUGUGCUGUCCAUGACUUAUUCUGAAAAUGGUAAAUAUGAUUCUCUUAGAUUUAGAUUAUUAUCAGAUGAAACAGAUCUAGAGAGUUGGGGUCAUGAAUAUAUUCGUCAUUUAGCCCUUGAGAUUGGUGAAGUUUAUAACGAUCAAUUGGAAAAGGAAGCAGACUUAACUUCCGAUGGUUCAAAAGAAGCAACCCCUACAUCGACAGAUUUCGAAUUUUCUAACGAGGAUAUAUUACAAUUAUCAUUAGAUAUUGUUCCAUAUUUCUUAAAACAUAAUGGUGAAGAGGAUGCUGUCGAUUUAUUAUUAGAGAUUGAAUCAAUUGAAAAAUUACCACAAUUUAUUGAUGAAAACACAUACCAAAGAGUAUGCAAGUAUAUGAUUGCAUGUGUCCCAUUAUUACCUCCACCUGAAGAUAUAUCAUUCCUACAAACCGCAUUUUCCAUUUAUUUAUCACAAUCUCAAUUGACUGAGGCACUAGCUAUUGCUAUUAGAUUAGGUAACGAAGAACUAAUGGGAUCAGUGUUUGAUGCCACAAAUGAUAAAGUCGUACACCAACAAUUGGCUUAUAUCUUAGCAGUUCAAAAAGUUUCAUUCGAAUAUGAGGGUGUACAAGAUAUUAUUGGUAACACUAAAUUGUCUGAACAUUUCUUAUAUUUAGCCAAAGAAUUGAAUCUAACCGUACCAAAGAUUCCUGAAGAUAUUUACAAGAGUCAUUUGGAUAAUUCUAAAUCCAUCUUUUCCAAUUCUGGUAUGGACUCAGCUCAACAAAAUUUAGCUGCCUCAUUUGUUAAUGGGUUUUUAAACUUAGGUUAUAGUAAUGACAAACUUAUUGUCGACAAUGAUAGUUGGGUAUAUAAGACAAAAGGUGACGGUAUGACCUCUGCUGUGGCUAGUAUUGGUUCAAUCUACCAAUGGAAUCUUGAUGGUUUACAACAGUUAGACAAAUAUUUGUAUGUUGAAGAGCCUGAAGUUAAAGCUGGUGCAUUAUUAGGUAUUGGUAUCUCUGCAGCUGGUGUCCAUGAUGCUGAUGUUGAGCCUGCAUUAUUAUUGCUGCAAGAUUAUGUUACCAAUACUAAUCCAAAGAUUAGCUCCGCAGCUAUCCUGGGUCUAGGUAUUUCCUUUGCAGGCAGUAGAAAUGAAGAAGUUUUAGGUCUUUUAUUACCAUUGGCUGCUGAUACAUCUUUACCACUAGAAACAUCUACAAUGGCUUGUUUGGCUUUAUCUCAUAUAUUUGUUGGUACAUGUAAUGGUGAUAUUACUACAUCUAUAAUGGAUAACUUCUUAGAACGUACUACCACAGAAUUGAAAUCUGAAUGGGUUAGAUUCUUAGCGUUAUCUUUAGGUUUAUUAUAUUUACAACAAGGUGAACAAGUAGAUGAUGUUAUGGAAACUUUGACCGCUAUAGAACAUCCAAUGACAUCUGCUAUUGAAGUAUUAAUUAAUGCAUGUGCUUACACUGGUACUGGUGAUGUAUUAUUAAUCCAAGAUUUAUUACAUCGUUUGACUCCAAAGGCUGUAAAUAAAACAGAUGAAGAAGAAGAGAGUGAUAACGAAGAACAAGCUAAUAGUAUAAGUGACUUCUUAGGUACCAAAGACAAUGAAGAUAUAGGAGCAACUGAAGACAACGAAACAACCCCUGCAGAAAAUGCUACAGGAGAUAACAACAGCAACGAUACCACAAAUAAUAACAAUAAUGCAGACGGUGAUGAUGAUGCUAUGGAUGUUGACCAAGAGGAUUCUAAACCUGAAGAUACAAAGACUGAAAGUGCAGGUAAGACCACAGAAGAAGAAAAGGAAUCAGGGACUGCCGAAGAGGAAGGUGAAGAAGAAAAAGAAGCUGGCUUAAUCGAAGAAUCCUGUUUUGCUGUUCUUGGUAUUGCAUUGAUUGCCAUUGGUGAAGAUAUUGGUAAAGAAAUGUCAUUACGUCAUUUCGGUCACCUAAUGCAUUAUGGUAAUGAAUAUAUUCGUCGUAUGGUUCCAUUAGCGAUGGGUUUAGUCUCUGUAGCAGACCCACAAAUGAAGGUUUUUGAUACAUUAACUCGUUUCUCACAUGACCCAGAUUUGGAUGUCUCAAUGAAUUCUAUCUUUGCUAUGGGUCUUUGUGGUGUUGGUACAAAUAAUGCAAGAUUAGCACAAUUAUUAAGACAAUUAGCCAGUUAUUAUUCUCGUGAACAAGAUGCAUUAUUUAUUACAAGAUUAGCACAAGGUUUAGUUCAUUUAGGUAAAGGUACAAUGACAAUGGAUAUAUACAACGAUGCAAAUGUUCUUAAUAAGACUACUUUAGCCUCUCUAUUGACUGUGUUGACUGGUCUUGUAUCACCAACAUUCAUGUUAGAACAUCAUCAAUUAUUCUAUAUGAUGAAUAGUGGUAUUAGACCUAAAUUCAUUAUAACUUUAGAUGAAGAAGGUGAACCACUAAAGGUUAAUGUUCGUGUUGGUCAAGCUGUGGAGACAGUGGGUCAAGCAGGUAAGCCAAAAACCAUUACAGGUUGGAUUACACAAUCUACUCCUGUAUUAUUAGGUCAUGGAGAAAGAGCGGAACUUGAAAAUGAUGAAUAUAUCAGUUACACCAGUAACAUAGAAGGUGUUGUGAUCCUAAGAAAGAAUCCGGACUUCGAAGCUGAAGAAUAA